GGUCGAGGAUGCUGAUGCAUCUGAGAAAAGCGUAAAUGAAGAAAAUGGGGAAGUAUCAGAGGCAGACCAACCUCAGAACAAGCACAGCCGACAUAAAAAAAAGAAACACAAACACCGAAGUAAACACAAGAAACAUAAACAUUCUUCAGAAGAAGAUAAGGACAAAAAACAUAAACACAGACACAAACAUAAGAAACAUAAACGGAAAGAGGUAGCUGAUACCUCUGACAAGGAAGAUGGACCAGCUAAAAGAACUAAAAUUGAUUUUUUAGCUCCUCUAGAAGACUUGGAGAAACAAAGAGCAUUAUUGAAAGCUGAACUUGAAAAUGAAUUAAUGGAAGGAAAAGUCCAGUCUGGAAUGGGAUUAAUAUUACAAGGUUACGAGUCAGGAUCUGAAGAAGAGGGGGAGAUAAAUGAAAAAGCGCGAAAUGGAACAAGACCUGCAGCUAAGUCAAACACUAAGGGGAAACUAGAACCUGUGGACAAUAAAACUAGUUCCAAGAAAGGAAGUAAGAGUGAAUCAAAAGAAAGGACUAGGCACAGAUCUGACAAAAAGAAAAGCAAAGCGGGAGUUGAUGGAAUCAAAGAGAAGACAGCUAGAAGCAAGUCAAAAGAGAGGAGGAAAUCCAAAAGCCCUUAUAAGAGAAGUAAGUCUCAAGAUCAGACAAGGAAAUCUAGGUCUCCAAUGCUUAAAAGGCGAUCGCAGGAGAAAAACAGAAAGUCUAAAUCUCCCCCAGAGGAUAGAAAUAAGGCUGAUGAUAAAAGUAAAUCAAGAGAUCGCAGAAAGUCUCCAGUUGUAAAUGAAAACAAAAGCAGAGAUCGUGGCAGAAAGUCUAAAUCUCCAACAGAACUAAGAAGCAAAUCCAAAGAUAGAAGAUCACGGUCCAAAGAUAGAAAACCUAGGAGAUCAGAGACUGAUAAAGAAAAAAAGCCAAUUAAAUCUCCCUCUAAAGAUGCUUCUUCAGGAAAAGAAAACAGGUCCCCUAGACGGCCUGGCCGUAGCCCAAAAGGAAGGAGCUUAUCUCCCAAACAACGUGAAAAGUCAAGAAGAAGCAGAUCCCCUCUCUUUAACGAUCGUAGAUCUAAACAGAGUAAAUCCCCUUCUCGAACUCGGUCUCCAGUUAGAAGAGUGAGGAGUAGAUCGGCAGAAAGGAAAAGAAGAGAAUCCGAAAGGAGGCGUCUGUCUUCUCCUAGAACGCGGACCAGGGAUGAUAUUUUGUCUAGACGUGAAAGAUCGAAAGAUGUUAGCCCACCCAGUAGAUGGUCCCCAUCCAGAAGGAGGUCUCGGUCACCCAUUAGAAGGAGGUCUCGGUCCCCGCUUCGGCGUAGCCGAUCUCCAAGAAGGCGGAGUAGGUCUCCUCGGAGGAGGGAUAGAGGCCGAAGAAGUAGAUCUCGUCUUCGAAGGAGGUCCAGGUCACGUGGUGGCCAUAGACGUAGGAGCAGAAGCAAAGUUAAAGAAGACAAAUUUAAAGGUAGUCUUUCUGAGGGUAUGAAAGCUGAACAGGAGUCUUCAUCGGAUGAAAAUCUUGAAGACUUUGAUUUGGAAGAAGAGGAUGAGGAAGCAGAGAUAAGACAAAGAAGAUUACAGCGGCAAGCAAUUGUUCAGAAAUACAAAGGCCAGACAGAAGACAGCAAUAUAUCUGUACCGUCUGAACCAAGCAGUCCUCAGAGCAGUACCCGUAGUCGAUCAAAUUCGCCAGAUGACAUCCUAGAAAGAGUAGCUGCUGAUGUUAAGGAGUACGAACGGGAAAACGUGGACACGUUUGAGGCAUCAGUAAAAGCCAAGCACAACCUCAUGACAGUUGAACAGAACAACGGUUCAGCUCAGAAGAAACUGCUAGCUCCUGAUAUGUUCACAGAAUCAGAUGAUAUGUUCGCUGCAUACUUUGAUAGUGCUCGUCUAAGGGCUGCUGGGUUUGGAAAAGACUUCAAAGAAAACCCCAAUCUCAGGGAUAACUGGACAGAUGCAGAAGGCUACUACCGUGUUAAUAUAGGUGAAGUUCUAGAUAAACGUUACAAUGUCUAUGGUUACACUGGUCAGGGAGUCUUCAGUAACGUAGUACGAGCCAGGGACAUGGCAAGAGCAAACCAAGAAGUAGCGGUUAAAAUCAUCAGGAAUAAUGAACUUAUGCAAAAAACUGGCCUUAAAGAACUGGAAUUUUUGAAGAAGCUCAAUGAUGCAGAUCCCGAUGAUAAGUUUCAUUGUCUACGGUUGUUCAGGCAUUUCUACCAUAAACAACAUCUCUGUCUGGUAUUUGAGCCACUCAGUAUGAAUUUGCGAGAGGUGUUGAAGAAGUAUGGGAAAGAUGUUGGGCUCCAUAUUAAAGCUGUGCGUUCCUACAGCCAGCAGUUGUUCCUGGCUUUAAAACUCCUUAAAAGAUGCAAUAUUCUACACGCAGAUAUUAAACCAGAUAAUAUUUUGGUGAACGAGUCUAAAACGAUAUUAAAGCUUUGUGAUUUUGGAUCAGCUUCUCAUGUUGCAGAUAAUGACAUCACGCCGUAUCUAGUUAGUAGAUUUUAUCGAGCUCCAGAAAUCAUUAUAGGAAAAGUCUAUGACUAUGGUAUAGAUAUGUGGUCUGUAGGCUGCACGUUAUAUGAGCUUUAUACAGGAAAAAUCCUCUUUCCUGGCAAAACCAAUAAUCAUAUGUUGAAACUAGCCAUGGAUCUCAAAGGAAAGAUGCCAAACAAGAUGAUUCGAAAAGGUGUGUUCAAAGAUCAGCACUUUGAUCAAAAUCUCAACUUUAUGUAUAUAGAAGUAGAUAAAGUGACAGAAAGGGAGAAAGUUACUGUCAUGAGCACCAUUAAUCCAACCAAGGACCUAUUAGCAGACUUGAUUGGGUGCCAACGACUCCCUGAAGACCAGCGUAAAAAAGUGCACCAGCUAAAGGACUUGUUGGACCAGAUUCUAAUGUUGGAUCCGGCUAAACGGAUUAGCAUCAACCAGGCUCUGCAGCACGCCUUCAUCCAGGAAAAAAUUUAAGCCAGAUGAAGAAGUUCAAAGGGUUUGAGUAAUUAAGAUACAAAGACUGAAGAAAUUUCACAGCAGUUAUUAAUGUAUAUAAACAUAAAUAUUUCCCCUGCAAAGUUGAGGAAGAAAUGAUACAUUUGAAUUAACAUCAAGGCUGAUAUUUCUUUUAGAAAUGUUAGAGUAAUUCUGUUUUGUGUCUUAUGUGAAAAUUUUCACUGUAGAACUGUUUUAAUUGCCAAGACUGCACAGAAGUACAAUGCUAAUGUAUAUGGUUGCAGUUCGUAUAAAUUAUAAAGAGAAAAAAGCAUCUGUUAUAAGAAAAAAAAAAAAGGAGGAAAAAAAAAAAGAG